CAGCCAAGGGCGAGGGGUGUGCUUGGGUGAAAAUCGAAAGUCUGCUUAAACCGUUACUAGAUAAAAUUCUUUUUUCAUGUUAAAUGUGAAAAAGUACAUUUUAAGUUACUGUAUAACGUAUUUUUUUAUUUCAAAGCCCUGUAGAUAUUCCUGAUAUUUUCAUUUGUCUUUGAUUUUGCUUUUACGAACGGAAAACAAGAUGAUUGACACAGCGCCAGGAGCAGAAAGCUUGCCUUACGCCGUCCAGUUGAAAACUCUGCUGGAGCAGGAGACCCGGUACCAGCCCAAACUGUGCGGGAUGAGGAUCAUUGAGUCGGCUCAGGAGAACGGCUUGCGAAUGACGCCCAGACUGCGGGACUUCGAGGUCAAAGACCUGCUCUCACUCACGCGGUUUUUCGGCUUCAGUGCCGAGACCUUCUCCCUUGCGGUGAACCUGUUGGAUCGAUUUCUCGCUGCGAUGAAGAUCCAGCCCAAGCACUUGUCCUGCGUCGGACUGUGCUGUUUCUACAUCGCUGUGAAGUCACUCGAGGAAGAGAAGAACGUUCCUCUGGCCAACGACCUGAUCAGAAUAAGCCAGAACCGCUUCACGGUGUCAGACAUGAUGCGGAUGGAGAAGAUCAUCUUGGAGAAGUUGUACUGGAAGGUCCGCGCCCCCACGGCACUGCAUUUCCUCCGGCUGUUCCAUGCGAUGGUUCUCCAGCAGUCUGAUGCGGAGGGGAAGAAGAAUCUAAACAUUGAGAGGCUUGAGGCUCAACUGAAAGCCUGUCAUUGCAGCUUUGGCUUCUCCAAAAUAAAGCCCUCUCUACUUGCCCUGGCCAUACUGGCCCUGGAAAUCCAGGAGCAAGGCCUCUGUGAACUGACAGAAGCACAGCAGACUCUACAGCUGCAAGCUAAUAUUAAAAGUGGGGACCUUGUUUGUGUGAGAGAGCUGGUGGCAAAGUGUCUGGUCGAGUAUUCUUCAACAAAAUGCUCCAAACCAAGCAACCGCAAACUGCGAUGGAUCAUCUCUGGCCGGACAGCGAGGCAGCUGAAACACAGUUACUAUAAGGUUGCUCAUCUCCCCACCAUCCCAGAGGCUGCAUGCUGAAGUUUCUUAAACAGAAACGAUGUUACUUCAGAAAUGAAGAAUGCAGCCAGUUUCCAACUACAACAAAAAAAGUUCUCAGUAGCUGAAGGCAAAUGCAAAAACAAAAUCCACAUGUGCCUGAAAUGUCUUGACUUUAGCUUUAGGGCGUAAUUCAAUUAAGGGAGCAGAGAAGUGAGGUGCUCUUUUUUUUUCCUUAAUGAAUUGAAACUAAAAUGCAUGAUGUCAUUUGGCAUAUGGUGGUAUACAAAUAACUAGUAGGUGUAAAAGUCAGCCAUGCCCCCCCCCAAUGUGUAAGUCUAAUUUUGCAUAUCCUUACCUCAACUUUCUGUAAAUGCACUUUCAUUAUGACUGGUCUUGCCUUUUUCCUCACACAGCUAAUAGCAUUUUUGUUUGAGAAACAAAUUGUGAGAAAAACUAUGAAUGGGCAGGGAUCUGUUUUUU